UAACAUGAGAAAACACCAUCAUCAUGUUUGCAGGAGCACAUUGAUUUUACAGAGGGCCUUUUGAAAUAUACCAAUCAUGAUUUUUCAUGCACUUUUUGAAUAUAUGGACUUUACUGGUUGUCUGUUGUUGAGCUUUGUAGUGUUACUCCUGACAGAUGUGGUCCGAAACUGGAGGCCACACAGCUUUCCACCUGGACCUUGGGCUGUGCCUUUUCUUGGAAAUGUCUUCACAGGAGUUGAUUUCAAAACAAUGGAAAAGCUUUCUCAGGAGUACGGUCCAGUGUUCAGCCUGAGGAAAGGCAGUGAAAGGAUGGUGUUUGUUUCAGGAUACAAGAUGGUCAAAGAGGCUCUUGUUAACCAGCUAGACAGCUUUGCUGAUCGACCUAUUGUCCCUCUCUUCCAUGUUGUCUUCAAGGGUCUUGGCGUAGCUUUGAGCAGUGGUUACCUGUGGAAGAAGCAGAGGAAGUUUGCCAACACUCACCUGCGUUACUUUGGAGAGGGCCAGAGGUCACUGGAAAAAUACAUUCAAGAGGAAAAAAACUUCCUCUGUGAAGCCUUUAAAGAGGAACAAGGAAGACCAUUCAACCCCCACUACAUCAUAACAAAUGGAGUGGGUAACAUCAUCUCAUCUGUGCUCUUUGGACAUCGCUUUGAAUACAGUGAUCAAAGCUUUAGGAAGUUUCUGGAGUUGGACAAUGAGGCCAUUCUGCUCGCUGGCUCUGCUCAGACUCAGCUGUAUGAUGCCUUCCCGGGCUUAAUGAAGUACCUGCCUGGACCUCACCAGACUGUACAUGCCAACUAUAAGGAGAUCAUGAAUUUCUUGAAAAAGGAAGUAGAGAAGCACCAGGAGGAGUGGAACCCUGAUGACCCUCGUGAUUAUAUUGAUGCAUACCUGUCAGAAAUGAAGAAGAAAAAAGAGGAUCCCCAUGCUGGCUUCAACAUUGAAACCCUGCUGGUAUGCAUCCUCGAUCUGAUGGAGGCUGGUACAGAAACUUCUUCCACCACUUUACGCUGGGCCCUCGUAUACAUGAUGCACUACCCAGAAAUACAGGAAAAAGUCCAGGCAGAGAUAGACAGAGUAAUCGGACAGUCUCGUCAGCCCACCAUGGCCGACAGACCCAACAUGCCUUACACUGACGCUGUCAUCCAUGAGAUUCAAAGGAUGGGAAAUAUUGUUCCCCUGGGGCUCCCCAAAAUGGGCAGUAAAGAUGCUACACUUGGAGGAUACUUAAUACCCAAAGGCACAGCUAUAAGUACAAUCCUUGCAUCUGUGCUGUUUGAUAAGAAUGAGUGGGCGACCCCAGAUAUCUUCAAUCCGGAGCAUUUCUUGGAUUCAGAGGGCCAGUUCUGCAGAAGAGACGCCUUCUUACCGUUUUCAGCAGGUAAACGUGUGUGUUUAGGGGAGCACCUGGCCAGAAUGGAGCUGUUUCUUUUCUUUACAUCUUUCUUCCAACGCUUCACCUUCUCUCCUGUUCCUGGAGAAAUGCCGAGCUUGGAAGGUGUACUGGGCUUCACCCAUUCCCCAAGGGAGUUCAGGGUGCUAGCUAUGCCUCGCUGAUUUGCUCCCACAUUUUUUCAUCCUUGCAUUACAGUAGCACAAAGCAUUAAAUAACUCUUAGACAACAAUAUCCAAGAUUACAUAUCUGACUCGCAACUGAACAGUUUUUUGCAUAAAAUAUAAACACACCAACAAAAACAAUUAUAUAAAAAAUAAAGAAGAGAUAUGCAGUCUUCCAGGUCAGAGGUUAAACAAACCAAAAGACAUAUACUGUUCUACAAUAUACUUGUACUGAUACAAUAUUGAUCUAUCACUGGCCUGACAGCGUUUAUCUACUGGAUCUCAGAUAACUUGAUGACAUGGUCAUUAAAGCCUCCAAACACCCACACAGGUGAUUUCAGUUAUUCUGGCUGAUUUACUCUGCUCAGUUUGAAGGUGGGCUGGAGCAUUGAUAAGAAUGAAUUAGGUCAUUAGGAAUGAUAAGGCUGUCAUUUGUCCUGUCCUAACAGGUGCAACAAAACUAACAGGACUAACAGGAGGCUUAGGAAGAUGUCAAUCAAUCAGUCUCUACACACCCACACAGUCCUGGAAAUCAGCCAAACUGAAAACACCUUUAACAUUCAUAAACUGUCGAUACAUUAAGUGUUGCAUAACAUUUUUCUAAGUAGAUCAUUUAUCAGUAUAAAGCGACAGGUAUAUAUACUCAUGUAUCCAUUAGAACAUGAUGUCAUGUAAUAGCUCCACAUUAGUUAAGCAUGUUUUUCAUGUUAGCCUCUUUGAUUUUGUUACUAGUAAAUCAAAAAUGUAUUCUGUUGCAUAUAUAGUACAUAACCAUGUAUCUUCAUCUAAAGGCAUGCCUUGGUCAUUUUUGUAGAUUUUUAACAAGGAGACAAAAGUUAAGUAAUUUUAAAAUCUGUAUUAACCUUCAAGCUUAUUCAAGACUCCUCGGCUUUGUGUGGGGGUCCUGCAUGACCCUGGGGUUCUAAAGGGAUAAUGUAGAGCGAGCACAUUUUGCGAGAUUUGCCAAAA